AUGUCAUCAUCAAUUAUAUAUGCUCUUGUCGCAAAUGACAAUAAUCCUACACCCCUUGCAGAAGUCUCUCUGGCUGAAGGCAAUUUUCAACUGAUGGCUCUAAAAAUACUUCAAAAAAUAAAGCCAAACUCCUCAAUAUCAUAUUCCUAUGAAGAUAAGUAUAUUUUCCAUUAUCAUAAUGAUUCUGGCUUCACAUAUCUAUGUAUGACAGAUGCUGCUUUCUCAAAUAGAGCUGCUUACAAUUUCUUAUUCGACUUAAGAGAAAAAUUCCAGGCAAAAUUCGGUGAAGAAGCUCAAAAAGCUAUUGGAUUUUCUGCCAGCAAGCAAUUUGAAGAUAUAUCUAAGUAGAGAGUCUAUAAAUUAUUAUUGACUUAAAUAUUUCUCUUUUCUGUUAAAAACUUAGGGGUAAAUACUAUGCCAAAUUUUUUAAUAUUUAUAAUUAAGUAUAUAAUGAAACAGAGAAUGGAGUUUUUUAACACAGAUCCUAAUGCAGAUAAACUGAAGAUUGUCAGGCAAACGCUAGAUAAGACAAGAGACGUUAUGAUUGAAAAUAUUGAUAAAGUUCUUGCCCGAGGAGAUAAAAUUGAGCUUUUGGUUAGCAAGACAGCAUAUAUGAGUGAUCAAGCCGUCACUUUGAGAAAAACUUCUACAAGAGUUAAAAGACAUAUGUGGUGAAAAAACUUCAAACUCAGCUUGAUUAUUAUUGCAAUUUUGCUUGUUGUGAUAGGCUUUAUAGUUUUACUUGCAUGCGGUGGGUUUACUUUUCCUAAUUGCAGUUAG